AUGCGCUUCUUUGCUGCUCUUCUGUGCGGCCUUUCCGCUGUGUCUGCUUUCAUGCCAGCCAUGGAGUCUACCUCCAAGGUCAGCGUGAACUAUAACGGUUUGAUGACACAUGGAUCUUUCCAAUCUUCUGCUGCUGAAUCUUCUGCCAUCAGCUGCACUCAAUUGAAUGCCAUGGUAACGGAUAAAUUAUACUACCCUCCUGAAGCCAAAGAGACUCCAAAGGUUUUCGGUGGUAUCAGAGCUGCCUUGAAGGAACUUGUCGUCAUCACGGGUGCGUCUUCUGGAUUGGGCUUGAGUACCACCAUUGCCCUUGCCAACAGUGGAAGCUACCAUGUUAUCAUGGCAUGCAGAGAUACCGAAAAGGCCAAAAGAGUCGCCGAGGAAAACGGUCUUCCCAAGGGAUCGUACACUGUCAUGAAGCUUGAACUUGCCAGUCUCCAAAGCGUCCGCGAUUUCGUUGCCAAUUUGAAGGCCUUCAAGGGCGCCCGACCACUCAAGAACCUCAUUUGUAACGCCGCCGUCUACUUGCCAAAGGAUCCUGAACCAAGUUUCACCGAUGACGGAUUUGAAAUGUCCAUGGGAGUAAACCACCUUGGGCACUUCUUGCUGGUUAAUCUUUUGUUAGAUGAUAUGAGCAAGGCCAAGGGAGCUCGCUGCUGCAUUGUCGGUUCCAUCACUGGAAACACCAACACUGUCGGAGGAGGACUUGUAUACCCCCGUGCAGAUCUUGGAAAAUUGCAAGGUUUCCAAAAGGGAAUGAAGCAGCCCAUCGCCAUGGCUGAUGGCAAACCUUUCUUUGGAGCCAAGGCAUACAAGGACGCCAAGGUUUGCAACAUGAUGACUGUUUCUGAACUUCACCGUCGUUACCACGAAGACACUGGAAUCGUCUUCUCCAGUAUGUACCCCGGCUGCAUCGCUGAAACCGCCCUCUUCCGCGAAAAGAGAGAAUGGUUCCGCAAGCUCUUUCCAUUGUUCAUGAAGUACGUGACCGGUGGAUACGUCAGCGAAAAGGAAGCCGGAGAACGCUUGGCCCAAGUCAUUGCCGACCCCAAGUGCAACAAGUCUGAUGUGUACUGGAGCUGGAACGGAAAGGCCAAUACUGUUGGAUACAUCAACAAGGACGGUGUCGUUGCAGGUGCUGGUGGUUCUGGAGGUGAAAUCUUCGAGAACGAACAAUCCAGUGCCGUUCAAGAUAAGGAAAUGGCCAAGACCAUGUGGGAUCUCAGUAAGAAGGUUGUCGGAUUGGACGAGAAGGAGAUGUACAAGGGCGGCCGAUUGGAAGAUUAA